AUGAGUUUCCAAGCAUUUGUGACAGCUGAUUCUUUUUUGCCUUUAAAUUCUGAUUCUUCAGCAACUUUUCCCCUCAGGAUGCAUCAUAGUGCCGCUGAAUACCUUCCAGUCUCCAACCAUACAACUAAUGUUGUUUCUACAGUCCCGUCUGUUUUGUCUUUGGUCCAAAUGCCUAAAUUAUUCUCUCUGCCUAAUGGGAAAUAUGAACCUGAAGGGCUCCAUUACCCAAACCCAUCUUGUCACUAUGGAAACCAGCAAUCAGCCUAUGGCGUAAUGACAGGUAGUCUGCCCCCUUGCCUUAUGAGUGCCAGUUCUUGCACACUGGGACAUAGCUUUACACCUGUACAUCAAUCACUACUUGGAGAUGAUGUUGUUACUACAGACUUCAAACAAGAGUUCAGGAGAAAGACAAAGCCAAUUGAAGAACCAAUCGAUAUGGAUUCUCCUGAAAUCAGAGAGCUGGAAAAGUUUGCUAAUGAAUUUAAAGUCAGAAGAAUAAAACUGGGUUAUACACAGACAAAUGUUGGAGAAGCCCUUGCUGCAGUGCAUGGCUCAGAAUUUAGCCAAACAACCAUUUGUCGUUUUGAAAAUUUACAGCUUAGCUUUAAAAAUGCGUGCAAGCUAAAAUCAAUAUUAUCAAAAUGGUUGGAUGAAGCUGAACAAGUUGGAGCUUUAUACAAUGAGAAGGUUGGAGUAAAUGAAAGAAAAAGAAAGCGGAGAACAACCAUAAGUAUAGCGGCAAAAGAAGCGUUGGAAUCCCAUUUUGGAGAACAAAGUAAACCUUCUUCUCAAGAAAUUAUGAGAAUGGCAGAGGGUUUAAACCUUGAAAAAGAAGUUGUCCGAGUCUGGUUCUGCAACCGAAGACAGCGCGAAAAACGAGUAAAGACUAGUUUGCAUCAGAAUGCUUUUUCAUCAUUCGCAAAGGAACAUCAUGAAUGCAGAUGA